UCAAUCGUGUGCUUUUUGAUUGCUAUGUAUUAAUGUAUUAAUAAAACCAUUGAAUAAUUUCAAYCAAUUUUCACAAAUCAAUUGACUCUCAAAUUAGUAGUUAUUUAAGAGAUUUACAAAACAAUUACUGUUUUUUAUAUUUUAUUUAAAUUAUCGAUCAAUUUGUUUGAACAUUACUUUAUCGGCGAUCAAGUGGUCAAUUAAUCGGUGAUUGUAUGGUGAAUCCGGUCAAUGACGGUAUGACUUCAGCGACCAAUCAACUCAAGGAAUUACUUCAAUUGUCAUCAUUUGCAGCAAUGACUACGAAUGCCGGCUCGGGUACUGUCGGUGCGAUCGGAGGUGCCGUUUGUCCGCAAGUGAACAGUUUGCUUAACUCCUUUGUCAAUGACUUGAAUGCCGAUAAAGUAAAUAAUGGCAAUCAGUUAGUGACCUCACACGCUGUCAGACAUCCACUGCCCAAUAACUGCACAAUCAAAGUGAACACUUCAUCCAUCAAGAAUUUGUUUGAUGUGUUAGCCCUUAAAGUGGCCGAAGAAGGACACGAGUCGACAAACUCUGACUUUACUAAAAUUGAACGUUUAGUUGAUUUUAAUUGGGAUUACAGUGCAAAUGUCAAUUGGAUUGCUGUAAGCAAUCGUAAACCGUUUAUCGCUUAUGUGAUACACAAAGUGAACAGACAAACGAAUAUGAAGACAAAACAGUCGAAUGUGGCCAUCAAUGACUCGGCCAACACUCAAAUGAUUCGCAUAAUGAACUACGAGUCGCGACAGAGGCUACUCGUAAAAGGCGUUUUCCAUCAUCCCAUCGCUGAUCUCUCAUUUGCCAUCAAUUCGGUCUCAUCUAACAGUCUGGACGUCAGUAAGUUGGCGGUGGCCGACAAAGGCGGCAAUCUUUAUAUCUAUAGUAUCAAAGAAGAUAACAGUGAACUAACAGCCAAUCAAGUGCUUGAAAUUGUUAACGACGGCAACACUCAUGACUUUGUACGACUGUCGUGGUGUCCAUACAUUCCUAGCGAAGAUGAAGACGUGGAAGUCGAGGGCGAUCCUGGACUCACUUUGGCGCUUACGUGUGACGAUCGACUCGAGUUGUUUGCCAUUGAUUUACUGCAGACGCUAUAUAAGGAGACAAUUGUUGUCGAAAUGUCAAAACUGCGGGCCUCUAACACUGGUUAUCAGCUCAUAGAGCGCGCACACGAAGGUCCCAUAACAUCUACAUCUAUUGCACAAGAAGUGACUGCUAUUUGUACGACAGGUUUAGACAAUAAAAUUCGUUUUUAUUCGGUAACACUAAACCAGAAGUCGAGUUCCGCACAGAAAGGAUUUCUAAAGGAAUGGAAUAUUUGUAAAGAAUAUAAAUAUUACGAAAGAGAUGACCAAAUGAGUGCCUUUUUCUUUUUGGAUGACUUUGAUUAUCUUCUCUGUCAACAGGACCCUAUAUUUUGGGGAUACGGUCUUAUAGGUACUCGUUGUGGUCACAUAGCUAUCAUCAAUCUUAAGGACUGGCAUCUAAUGCAGACACUUAAACUGACGGCUGAAUAUGAUAUCGAGUCAACUGUUUUUGAAGAGUUUACAUAUAGAAUGGAUUUAACAGCUCAUUAUGUGCUGGCUAUCAGAGGUCACGACGCCUUCCUAUUGCACAUCCAUUUUCCGUACGACAAGGAAGAGAAUUACGAAGAUUACGAUAUCAUAAAUAAUACUAAUAGAGAACCAUUUGAUAAUUCGUUUCCAUACAUCUCCAAAGUAACCCGAUUUCAGAUAUAUAACACACCGUUGCGUUCGUUUGCUGUGAAGAAGUCAAUUCUUGGCAAUCUAUUAAUAUUUUGGAUAAAUAAUAAAUCAUUAGAAAUGUGUUGUAUUGACCCGACACUGAUUGUUGCCGAAGAAACGUGUCCAGUGAUAAUGCAAGUCGAGGCUUCGGCUCUAAAUAACUCUUCAACUGUUUUCAAUAAGAAUUUAGAUCUAAUCGGUGAUGUGCCGAUGCUUAAUGGUUACAAUGCUUUCGACGCUUUACCUGCCGAACCAAUUGCUGACCAAAUCGGUAGUAAUGUACUCGAAACACAGAUAAUGGUAGUUACUUCAUCAAUAGCAAUACCUGUCACACCAAAUGUCAUUACAGACACAAUACCGUCUCUCAAUUUGUUGCCAAUACCGCCGCAGCCAACCUUUUCCACUCAAUCUUUCCCGACGGCACUAAUGGCGAGACCAGAGUCGCCCACAAGUAAAGAAGUGGAACAUAUUCUUAAUCCAACGCUGACAAUGAAUAAUGCAUUGAAUGCUACCAUUAGUAAUACCGAUGCACUGAAAUCAUUGCUUCACAUGAAUGCUAAUUUAGAUCCAUUUCAUGUAAAUCAAAAUAACGAUCAAAUGAUGGCCAGGUAUCAACCAACACUUGAUCCAUAUACUAUACAACCUGUCAUACCUAAAGAUUUUCUCAACGGUUUGGCCCGAGAGGAACAGUUARAGAAAGUAAAAGCUGAUGUCUUCAAAGAGAUUCAAGACUCGGAGAACCGUAUCGUACAAGUGAUUGAACGAUUAGACUAUAAGAUGAGCGCUAAACUGAAUGCUAGUAACGAUCAGAUUCUUAAUAACUCGAAAGUACAGACCAGUAAAAUAGAGACCGAUAUUCGAGAAAUGAAGAAAGAGUUGAAGACUGCCUGUAAAAUACGUAACGAAGAGUUUAACAAAAUUGUCGAAAAACUGGUCAAUAAAGUUAUGCAUGAAAUGAAUGUCAUCGUCCARAAAGGCUUUCACGAGCUUAUGGAUCACGUAAACAAAGAACUCAAGAAUACUACCAAAGAGUUUGACAAAAAUAUACAGACAAUGCAAACAAAGGUCAUCCAAUCGAUGGAGAAAGUGUCAGCUAAUCAGUUCCGUUCGUUGGCAGCACCUGUCGGUGCAACACCAGUGAUGAUGACCGGCACUCCUACUUUAUCAAACACUCCCGCAUUACCUUCAAAUCAAACACCUCUCGUUCCUAUGACACCAGCUUCAGGUAUGCGAACAACGCCGCAACAGUUGUUCAAUUCGGCCACACAUUCAGUGCCAUCGACACCAUUGCCAUAUUCAACACCGAAGAACACAGUAAACACAUCGAUUAAUCGGCAAACACCUGCCGCCGACCCGGUGUAUGAGCAACAAAAGGCUGCUCAGAAAAAACGGUUAUACAACGAGAUAAUCCUCAAGAUUGGUGCCGGUAAUUAUGAGGAGGCGCUCACAAAAGCGUUAAAUCUAGAAAAUCCCGAUCUAGUGGUCAAUAUAUGCGAAAGUUUUCGCGAUAGACCAUCAGUACUGAUCAAUACCAUCAAAAAGGAUCAGACGGUUCUCGUAUCACUGUUACAACAACUUAUUAUAAAAAACGGUCCGAUUUAUAAAGACAAUAUGAACUGGAAGAUUGGAUUUAUUGAACAAAUACUACCAAAUCUAGAUCUGGARGAGACAUUUGUUAUGAAAUAUAUGUCAAGUUUGAUCCCUAAAAUCACUCAAAUGCUUGAUUUAGUGAUGUCAUCGGCAAGCGGUCCGGUCGUAGAUAAGGCGCGAAUACUUUCCUUUACUUUCAAUAAUUUGCUGCUUUGAAAACACUGUUUUAUUUAUAAAUGAAUGAAAAAUUUCUGAUUGUUUCUAAUAAUUAAUACAAUAUUUUCCCCCAAUWUGUCUAUUAGUUUUGAAUACACUUAUUAUGUUAUGAUUUGU